GAGCUACUCCUAAAGAAAGUUGUUUUACACGAAAGAUAAGAAAAAAACGAAAGCGAAAAUAAAAGCAAAAGCAAAAAUGGUGCUCUGGUUGGACAUUUUAGCAAAACUUCUUUACAUUUUCUCCAUUGUAAAAGGAGAUAUAUUACGAUUGGAUACUUGUAACAAGUUUUAUGCUGCCUUUGAUGUUGUUUACGAUAAUUCCUUGCUGACAAAAACUGUAUUCUCAUUGGUUGAGAAUAUCGUUCUUAAUCGAUGUUUAAUCAUAUGCGUGCAAUAUCCAAAAUGUAAAUCAUUCAGCUACAUGUUUUCACAUUCACAAUGCAGAAUACAUCAUUCCACCAGAGCUGAUAAUGGAACUUUUCUACAAAAGAUCGUUGGAUGGACACAUUAUGAAACAAGGGAAAAUGAACCAAAUUUGGGUCGUCUUUGUGAAGUGAGAAAACCAUGUAAAUAUGGAAGAUGUGUGGAUACAUGUGAUGAGAAAGGAUAUAAAUGUGAAUUCAAAGGGGAAUGGACCUUAUUGAAAGACAAUGUCUGUUUUGGAGCAAAGAGUGGCGAAUUUGGAACAUUCGAAAUACAACAAGAUGCGGUUAUGACUGGCAUGAAAUUGUUGCAUGUCGGUGGAGAUGGGGUAAAAUGCGCUAACAACACACCAUUAACAAAGUGGGGAUGUAAUUACGCUAGUGUUUUUAUCCUAGACAAUAUCGGUAUUUUUAUCACAGCCAAUCGAACAAUACUUUAUCCAUCCCGAGAAUACGAAGAAAAAUUUGGUUUUUCCCACAUACCAGGAUACAACGCAAACUCUCCCUACUUGAUUUUCAAUGCAACAAAUCAUACGGUCUAUAAAGGACAAGAAUUACAAUUGUACUACGCGGAAGAUUAUCAUGAUAGCUACGCCCACGACAACGACGGUAAAUCUUGUGCUGAUAUUUACGCUAAAUUAAUUGACGCAUAGACAAUCUUAAGCCUUAUUAAAUAACAAGAAUUUUUUAAGAUCGCCCACACACAGCUCACCAGAGAUAAACCUUAGAUUUGGUCUCGUCUGGCCACAUAAUUAAAAUAUACCACUGUUUUAUUAUCAGAUGGCUUGCUCUUAAACCAACCGUCUUUAGUUCAGCUUUUUUUUGAGGAUUGUGCAACUACUUUUAAAAAAAGGUUUGUGGUACCAUUUUUUUAGCUAUUUUGUCUGGGAAAGGUGACAUAGUUUUCGCCAUAUAAAUUACUUUAUCCAGAAACUAGCACUUAUUUAAAUUUUAUUUUAAGUAAUGUAAAUAAGUAAUAUAGCUAACUAGCUAUCCCCUUAUAUUGCCUUUUGUUCUAAAAGUAUUUGUUUCAAUAGCUACGUUCUUACAUUUCAGGGGAAUAUUUGAUAAAAAUGUUUUUAACAAUGUAUAAAUUUAAAGAAAUUUUUUUAACAGUUUGUUAGUUGAGUCUAAUGUUUUAUUCUAGCCAACUUUAUACUAUCUUUUUGUAUUAUCUCGACCAAUCUGAUUUUUUAUUUAAGCUUCCGAUUGGCUACUUAGUAAAAAGGAUAUAUAGUAGUUAGACAGAUUUAUGUUAAUAGCUAUUAACAUAAAUCUGUCUAACUACUAGCCAAUCAUGAACAAUACGCCACCAAAUUUCCAACGAGGUUUUAUGUUU